AUGAAGCUAUCACGGAGAACAGUUACCAUGUUGUACGAGAAAAAGGUUGCAUUGCUGAAUCAAGCUUUGAUCGAUAUCGGAAUGGGCCCUUUUCAGUGGAAAGUCUGUGCCAUGACUGGUUUUGGCUGGUUUGUUGACAAUAAUCUUGCUCCAGUGAGAAACGAGUUCUCUGUCGAGCGUAUCGCAUUCCUCACUGUCGCCAAGUAUGCCGGCCUAGUUGUCGGAUCGUCCGUGUGGCCCAUAACAGCCGAUUUUAUCGGUCGACGGCUAGCAUUUAAUGUUACCCUUUUGAUCUCAGCAGUAUCUGGACUCGUCGGUGCAGGCAGCCCCAACUUCGUGGCCAUUUCGACCUUUUGUGCCUUCAUUGGUCUCGGAACCGGCGGCAACCAACCCGUUGAUAGUGCCAUUUUUCUUGAGUAUAUACCAGCUACCCAUCAGUAUCUCCUCAUCAUGCAGUCAGCACUCUGGUCUGUCGGCCAGGCUGUGGCAGCCUUGAUCGCUUGGCCGCUUAUUGCCAAUUUCUCCUGCUCUUCGCAAGCUGCAAGAUGCCAAGGCUUGGAUUCCAAGGCAGUUGAUGUUGUUCAGAAGAUUGCCGGCAGGAACGGCGGAACCACCUGGCUCACACUGGCACAUUUCGAGGAGAUCAACGCACAGUUUGAGGGGCAAGAAAACACCGAUGUACAAGGUCCCAACCAAACCGACAUUAUAUCACGUAGCCUGGAAAAAUACAAGCCCGAAAAACUGCGAACUCUCUUCUCGACCCCCCGUCUCGCCCUCUCCACCACCCUUCUCUUCUUAUGGUGUUCAAUCGGCAUGGCCUACCCCCUCUACAACUCCUUUAUACCCAUCUUCUUGGAACACAAAGGCGUCUCCCAAGGUGACUCCUCGAUCUCAACGACCUACCGCAACUAUGCCAUCCAAGCCGUGUGCGGCAUCCCAGCCUCCCUGCUCGGCGGCUUCACCGUCGACCUCAAACGCAUCGGCAGAAAAGGCACCGGAACUCUCGCCUGUUUGGGGACCGGAAUUUUCCUGUUUCUAUUCACGCGCGCAAGCGCCGAGGCCGGGGUUAUUGGAUUCACUUGCGCUAUCGCGUUCUUUCAGAAUCUCGUCUACGGCUUACUCUACUCUUAUACGCCGGAAUUGUUUCCUGCGCCGGUCCGCGGGACUGCGAAUGGGCUGGUCGCUCUGUUUAAUAGGCUCAGUGGUCUCAUGGCGCCGAUCAUUGCGGCAUAUAUUGGGAUCGAGACGGAUGUUCCUGUGUGGAUCUCUGCAGCGCUGUUUCUUGUUGCGGGCGUCGUGUUUUUGAUUCUUCCGUACGAGACGCGCGGGAAGGCGGCGGCUUAG